AUGAAGUCAUAUAUACAAAUUUUGGGGACCGGAACCGUCGACGUAGCGCCGUCGGUAUUGGUACAUUUCGACGAUCAAAGAUAUUUGUUCAAUUGUGGCGAGGGAACGCAAAGAUUCUGUCUACAGAAUAAGAUAAAGAUUUCGAAGGUGAAAAAAAUUUUUUUGACCAGGAUUCACUGGGAAUGCUUUGGCGGACUUCCAGGAAUGCUGCUCACGAUGGCCGAUGCCGGUUCACAGGAAAUAAAAUUAUUUGGUGGUACGAACUUGACACAUGCCUUGACAGCAACCAGAGGCUUCAUAUUAAGGCAUGUGAAUUUUCCUUCCAAUGCAUAUUAUGCAUAUGAUUUCCCGGUUCAUUGA